AAUUUGUCAGCCGUUCAAAAUUGCAGCUUGCCACUGCCAGUGUUUACCUUUCCAUCACAAUCCUUCUCAGCAGAUUCCCAAAUUUCCUCUUUCUGUUCAAGCCAAGAAUCUUUCUCUCACACAAGAUUCUCAUAAAAACUUAGGCUUUAUACAUGAUGCCAUUGUUCCAUUUCUUUUCUCUAUACACCCUUCUUUCUCAUUCCUACUUUGUCCUCUUCAUUUUUAAGCCACCCUUUUCAAAUCUUGAAAAAUCUCAACAAAUUUCUUCUGUUUCUAUACAUAUCGCAGUAUCCUAAUCAAUGUCUUCUUCAAGUGUCAAUCAUAUAUCUCAGCCUUGCAUAUAUGCAGGUCACUUUGUUUCUUCAACUACUGAGAGAAAGUCAAGAUUAAUGAAAUGGCUGAGUAAACUUUUCAAGGGUGGUGGGUCAGGUAAUAGGAGACAGCAACCACAGUUUCUUGGAGACGAAAAUAUGGUUUGGCGAGCUCCAGCCAGAUCAAUGGAUGAUAACUCUAGGACCAAUAAGGAGAAAGAGGAACUAGACCGUGCAAUUGCACUCUCUCUUGCUGAAGAUUUGAAAAGACCAAAAGGAUACAGAUGGAGGACUGACCAAGAUGAAGAUCUAGCAAGAUCGCUUCAAGAUAACUCGAAUUCAUCCUCAUAUCCUCCUAAGUAUGCUCCUUCAUAUGCUCCUUGGGAAUAUAAUCCCAAUAGUUACAGAAAAUGUAGUGGCUGCAAUAAGGAUAUCGUCUCUGGCAAUUAUUUGGGAUGCAUGGGAACUUUCUUUCAUCCAGAAUGUUUUCUUUGUCGUGCUUGUGGUGUCCCAAUUACUGAAUACGAGUUUUCUUUGUCAGGGAACAAUACAUAUCAUAAGUCAUGCUUCAAGGAAAUGACUCAUCCAAAAUGUGAAGUCUGCCAUCAAUUUAUCCCAACAAACGGAGCUGGCUUGAUCGAGUACAGAUGCCAUCCAUUUUGGUCUCAAAAAUAUUGCCCUGCACAUGAGAAUGACAAUACCAAACGGUGCUGUAGUUGUGAACGUCUGGAGUCACGGAAUGCAAGAUAUAUGUCACUUGGAGAUGGUCGGAGCUUAUGCUUAGAGUGCAUGGAAUCUGCAAUCAUGGAUACCGGGGACUGCCAGCCACUUUACCAUUCCAUCAGAGACUAUUAUGAAGGCAUGAACAUGAAAAUAGAUCAGCAAGUUCCUAUGCUUCUUGUUGAAAGACAUGCCCUUAAUGAGGCCAUUGAAGGGGAGAAACAUGGUCUCCAUCAUAUGCCUGAAACCAGAGGUCUAUGCCUAUCAGAAGAGCAGACAGUCACCAGUGUAAGAUCUUCAGUCAUGAGAAAAUUUUUCCAUAUACUCAGAAGGCCAAAAAUAGGUGGUCGUGGAUUAAUAGGAAUCAGAACACAUCCUCAAAAGCUAAUUAGAAGAUGUGAAGUUACAGCUAUCCUAGUAAUAUACGGCCUUCCAAGAUUACUUACUGGUGCCAUUCUAGCUCAUGAACUGAUGCAUGCCUGGUUACGUCUAAAAGGAUAUCGUAAUCUCACCCCUGAAGUAGAAGAAGGAAUCUGCCAAGUGCUUUCCCACAUGUGGCUUGAAUCAGAGGUAGUGCCUGGAUCAAGAAAUAUGCCAUCUACAUCAACUGCUUCGUCAUCGUCUACAUGGUCAUCAUCGAAGAAAGGAGGAACAUCUCAAGCAGAGAGUAAGCUCGGUGAGUUUUUCAUGCACCAGAUUGCCCAUGAUGCUUCUCCAGCAUACGGUGGAGGAUUUAGAGCUGCUUAUGCAGCCGUGAAUAAGUAUGGUUUACGGAGUACAUUGGAUCACAUUCGCUUGACAGGAAAUUUUCCUUUAUGAUAUGUUCGUUGUGACCUCUUUGACCUCGUAUGCUCGUAGAUGAUUUCCUCUCCUGUGUGCCAAGUUAGAAGUCAUCGAUGAGGAAAAUGAGUUGAUCAUGCAGAGCUGGUUUAGCUACCCCUAUUUUUUCCGGGGUCCUACCGGAGAUACUGAUGGAAUACAACUUGAAUCUUACAAAUAAGUCUACAUAUUUUGCAAUUAAAAUGAAAUAUAUAGAAAAUUCUAUCUUGUAUUGGAGACUCUUAUCAGUUUAAAGGCAAUAAAGAUCAGAUAUUUGAAUGAUCC